AUGGCGGGUAUUACGCGCACCUCACGGAAAGAAAUUGCUUACAGGGGAACUGUGCCAUGGUCUUUUGAUGGCGUCGUUAACUUCACCUCGUCAGAAUAUCCUAAUGGGGCAAUAUUUUGUACAUCAUGUGGUGAUUUUGCCUUUAAGUGUCCCGUUAUAGAAUACGCCCAGGAGUUUAGUCGUUCACGACGAGGUUCUCCCCAAGUGUUUAUGUACAGCUUCGAGCAUCGCUCCCUAACGAACCCCUGGCCCUCCUGGACUGGUGUACUACAUGGAGAUGAGAUCGAGUACGUUUUUGCCGUCCCAGUCAAUGAUCACAGACGAUCUUCCGAGGAACGUCAGCUCAGCAUUGCUAUGGUGGAAUACUGGACCAACUUCGCAAAAUAUGGUGACCCCGGAAACGGAAACAGAGCGACACGUUGGCCUGAAUACACGUACGACACCCAAGAAUAUAUCAUACUAAAACCCGGUCCGGUUUUUGAUGUUAAGUCCGGACUCCGGUAUAAGCAGUGUGCCUACUGGACAAACUUCUACCCGAAACUUAAAAAGGCCAUAGAUGACGAAUUUAGAGAAGGUUGUGUGUCUGGAACAACACCCAUGACGUCACAUUUCGCUGUAUAUACUGUGCUAGUUUGUCUAACCUAUGUCACCGUCCUCUUCCAAAGCUAA